AUGCCAAAAGAAUGGAAUAAGACGAGUGAUGACGGCGAAUGGGGUAGCCUCGCGAAGGAACAAACUGAUGAUAGGGUUGAACAGCCAGAGAAGGGCAAAGUGGCGACACAGGUCUUGCACGCGAUAAUAAAACACCAAAAACAUAAAUGCCUUGGAUUCCUCAGCCGACUUGAGUCUGUGGAAGAAUGCGAGCCAAGGCUUGGCAAUCCAGAACAUGCUAAAGUGGUAGUAGUUGAGUUUGUCGAGGUUAUCGGUUCUGUUCUUGGCAUGGAAGAGUGGCCAGAGGUAGACCUUGGUCGAACUGAUGAUAUUGGUGGGUGGAAGAUCCUUGUACGUGUCUUCCAUCUCGACCAUGUCCUUGGACGGGAGUUGCGUGUCAAACAAAUCGACCUUGCUGGCAUUUCGCUUGACUUUGAGGUCGGCGUCGAGGUCGCAUACCUUGACACUAUGCCUCCAAUAGAUGUCUUGUCAACUGCCAACAGCAACAAGAUACGUAGUUGGUAUUUAUACAGAGCAGUGUCUGGAACAUAG